AUGAUUCGAUCAACACAGAUAUCGAGGCUGGACGGCCUCAUGCUUUGCGCCUCCGUCGACGACGAAGCACAAGUUCGUUCCAACGUCCCCUCACCACCUCCAUUCAAAAAACAAAAAGACGAUUAUACUAACAAAACCGCCCUCUCCCCCCAGUCCGACGCCGCCGCCCUCAACGAAGUCAAGCAGCAGCUCCGCCAAAUCCUCCGCAAACUCACCCGCAACUCCGAAUCCCAAGCCUCCAUCGAGUCCUCGACCCUCUUCACCAUCCACUACCUCAUCGACUCCGACGUCGUGUUCCUCUGCAUCUGCGAGCGCUCCUACCCGCGCAAGCUCGCCUUCACCUACCUCGCCGACCUCGCCCGCGAGUUCACCACCACCUACACCGCGCAGAACAUCCACAACCCGGCCCUUCGGCCCUACGCCUUCAUGGAGUUUGACAACUUCAUCGCCAAGACGAGGACGACCUAUGCCGACGCCCGCGCGGCGCAGAACCUGGACAAGCUCAACGACGAGCUGCGCGACGUCACAAAGAUUAUGACCAAGAACAUCGAGGACCUGCUCUAUCGCGGGGAUAAUCUCGAGCGCAUGGGCGAGAUUAGCAGCCGCUUGAGGGACGAUAGCAAAAAAUAUCGACGGGCGGCUGUGCGCAUCAACUGGGAGCUGAUGCUGAAGCAGUACGGUCCCUUUGCCGGACUUGGCUUUUUCAUCUUGAUUUUCAUCUACUGGCGGUUCUUUUAA